CAGGAGUCGGACAUCGGUUUCCGAAAGCAUGGAUUGGGAUGUUGUUUUUAGGAGAUGUCUUUUAGUUAAACUGAGGUGAUAUUUGUUACGUAAAUUCAGGAAAUAUCAGCUAAUGUCGAAGCCACGCUGGACUUUAUAUGUAUAUGUUUAGUCGUUUGACUGUAAGAAUGAACUCUCCAUAUUUCACAUCAGCUGCGUUAGACUCUUCUGCAACCGAGACUAUGGGGAAAAGUACUAUAAAUAAAGACGGAAUCCGCAGACUGCGAUCAAGAAUGGCUCAAGGGCUCAGAUCUGAAGAUGAUCCUCCAAAAGUGAAAGCAGAAGUUCAGGAGAAGAGUAUUUCAGAUGAUCCAACACACGCACACAAUCCUGCAGAUUGUGUGAAAUCAACAUCCUAUAACACAACCUCAAAAAUGAAAGAAGAACCAGAUCAAGCCCUCCUGUCACCUAGAAAACGUGGGCGGGGCCAUUUGAAGGUGGAGUAUGAAACAGAAGGGGUGGGGCUUAAGAGGGAGCCUUAUGAUUGGCGAACGCAGCUGUCAUUUAUCAGGGAGAUGCGGAGCAAACGAGAUGCUCCUGUGGACCAAAUGGGAGCAGAGAAAUGCUACGACACACAGGGACUACCUGAGGUGCGACGUUACCAGGUGCUGAUUUCUUUAAUGUUGUCGAGUCAAACGAAAGAUCAGGUGACGGCUGGUGCGAUGCAGAGGUUACGUGAGCAUGGGCUGAGUGUGGACGGCAUCCUGAAGAUGGAUGACGAGACCUUGGGUAAACUCAUCUACCCAGUGGGCUUCUGGAGGACAAAGGUGAAGUACAUCAAACAGGCCACAGCUCUAAUCCAGCAGGAGUUCGGUGGAGACAUCCCUAAUACAGUAGAGGGUCUGAUACGUCUACCGGGCGUUGGACCUAAGAUGGCCCACCUGGCCAUGGACAUUGCCUGGAAUCAGGUUUCAGGCAUUGGUGUUGACACCCACGUGCAUCGAAUUUCAAACCGCCUCGGAUGGACCAAGAAGGAGACCAAGACACCAGAGGAGACACGGAGAGCUCUUGAGGAGUGGUUGCCACGAGAUCUGUGGAGCGAGAUCAACUGGCUGCUGGUGGGCUUCGGGCAGCAGGUGUGUUUACCUGUUGGACCGUUGUGCUCCGUGUGUUUAAACCAGCACACCUGUCCCUCCGCACACCGAUCAUCUCCCAGCAAGAAGAUCAAGUCCAGCCCUGCAAAACCCAACAACAAGCUAGCAUCUCCGACAGCGCUGGUUAAAGAGGAACCAGAGGACACAUCUGCACAAAGAGUCUCACAUCAGAGAAGGAAAAACACCGGCCCACAGCUCAACCAACAGGAUCUGUCAGCAUCAAGACAAGAAACUCCAUCUCUUGCCAGAAACAGGAGGAAGGGGAGAGCAGGAGCGCCACUAUCUGGACAGACUUAACAGCACAGACCUGCACCUUCACACCAGACACAAACCACAGCAGAGGAUCAGUAGAUUAGUUUUGUAGAAUUGCUUAUUAAUAAAUCGUAACUAAAUGGAAA